AUGGGAAACAAGAGACGGCCAAGCUUUGAACAGGAGUUUAUUGACUCAUUUGUAAGUGAUGAAGUUAUCAACUGGAAAUUUGACCCAAUUCUUCUCGAUGGAGAGCUUAAGGCUCGUUUAAGCCAGGAAUAG